AUGGCAUUGCCCCCCACUACCCUCCCGGCCUCGUGGUAUACGAGCAAGGCAAUGUACGACCUGGAGAGGAUGGGGAUAUUUAUGAAGAGUUGGAUUCUUCUCGGUGCAGUGACGCGCUGGCCUGAAGCCGAGCAGGAAUACCACGGAGAAAUGGUGCAGAUUGAAUAUGUCAUUCGCCGUUCGUCUCCUGACUGGAGGACCAUAAAGGUUUCCACCAAGGCUGGUUCGGAGAUUCGCACCCAUCUCACGUCUAACGGUCUCCUCUUCAUCACCUUAUCGGACGAGACAGUCAGCUUCGACGAGUUCUUCCCGGGACUGACUGAGCUGAUCUCGAAAGUCGACUUCACUGAGCUCCCCAUCCGACGACCACUGACAUACCCAGUUGACUACAACUGGAAGACCAUGAUCGACGGGUACCAGGAGUGUCUUCACUGCGCAUACGCUCAUCCGGAGUUUGCCAGAAAGUAUGCGCCUCAGACCUACAAGGUCAUCAACCACCACAACUACUCGCGUCAUAUCACGAGCGCCGAUGGAUCAGACGGCGACGGCGUGUUUGUAUACCUCUUCCCCAAUUCCACAUUGAGCGUUUAUGGCGGCGGCAUGACCUCGUGGCACGUAUGUCCGUCGGAUGAUCCCACUCGAGCGGUCAUGGAGUUUGACUACUAUCAUAAAGAGCCGCUCGGGCACCCGGAAUUCGAGGAGUUUUUCAGAUUUACCCGCCACGUAGCACUGGAGGAUAUAGGGUUGUGUGUUGGCGCCCAGGAGAAUCUAAAUGCCGGUAUCUAUAAUGCGGGCCUCUUGAACCCAGAGAAGGAAAACGGUGUAGUGUACUACCAGAGCCGCGUGUUGGCAAUGUGCUCUAGUGAAUUCGAAAAAGGUUCAGCGUCAGUGGCAACCAGGGUGACUGCAGCGGUGAAGAGCCGUGACGGCUGCACUACUUGCAGGGCUAAGCGCAGAAAGUGCGACGAGGCGAGGCCAGCUUGCUCCCAGUGUCUCCGUCGACGGGUCGCUUGCGGUGGCUAUAACAAGGAGCUUAGAUGGAGGCAUGAAGGGUUUGAAAAUCCUUUGGGUCCAAAAGAGGCGAAUCGAUCGUCAGCCGCAAGCCACAAGCGAAAGGAAGUCGAUAGCGCCCCGGAGAGAUUGCGGAUUCCAGGGAGAGGGUCUUCAAACGAGAGGGAAAUUCACUCAGCAGCGGUGGAUUUAGAACGCUAUUUCGACGACUUUCAGGAUUAUCAGACACUGCCGAGCUUCGAAUUGUCGCCGCUACUCGAUACUGGUGCUUCCACUCCGGUAGACUCGGGUAUAGACUUUGAUGCCCUCUUCCCAGGUUUAAAUACAAUUACCGUGCUCCCUGAAGGCCCACUCAGUGUCACAGGCCCGGUGGAAACCAAUGAAGGUACUAGCUCCCAGGCGGCAGGAAACGACCUCGCAGCUGGUGGACUGAAUGGACAGAUCAUCGAACCAUGGGAUGUCCCACUCGAUGGAUGUGAUAACCCGCCUCUUAAGUUUACUGAACAGGGGUUGCUUGACUGUGACCAUAGCGCUGAGAAUAUUGCAUGCGUUUUCAUAUACAGGAUUUGCGAGGUCCUUUGCAUCGCGGAUACUCCCAGUGGGAAUCCGUGGCGACAGAUAGUCUGGCCACUCGCUCAAAGGCACCCUGCGCUUUACCACGCGGUUGCUGCAAUGACUUGUUUCAGUGCCCUGCCUCGACUCCGCGCCGAUGGCCUUCGUCACCUCGAAACCAGUGUGCAGGAGCUGUCUACCAGGCAGCAAGAUAGCAUGUCAGUCGAGGCGAUGGCCACCACACUCCUGGCCCUCGCAAUGGCACAGACUUGGUAUUAUCCCCGGUCAUACAACGGCACCCGGCACCUGAAGAAAGCCCGAGGCCUCAUACAAACUCUCUCCACCAGCUUUGCAACACGGCCAGUGGAUGAGUGUCCGACCCUCAAGUUCCUUACAAACACAUGGACGUACAUGGAUGUUCUCACACGGAUAACCUGUCCUGACGAUCAACCCGGCGACGUCGACUUCAUGGCCGAUCAAAUUUUAACAACAUCAGACCCCAAUCCAGGUCUCUACGUUGACCCUCUCAUGGGCUGUGCCAAUACAUUAUUCCCCUUGAUUGGGUGUGUGGCAGAUCUCGUCAACCGCGUCCGCAGGAGCUCGCAGAAGACAAACUCCCCUGCCAUUGUCUCCGCUAGCACGGAGCUCAUGAUCGCAAUUGACCGCUGGACACCCAGCCCACUGCCACUGUAUUGGUCGUGUACCACCAACACCAUCACCCCAAACGCCUCCGAUUUGUUUCAGACCGCCAAUGCUUACAAGUGGGCGACACUACUACUGCUUCUUCAGGCAGUCCCAGAGCUUCCAUGUCGCCUAUCUCACCCGGAUAUCGCCCGAAAAGUGCUUGUUUCCAUCGCGACCGUCCCUCUUAGCUCCAAGGCUGUCUUCUUCCCCAUAUUUCCUCUUAUGGUCGCUGGCUGCGAAGCCGAAGGUGCGGAAGACUGCAACUGGGUCCGUGCCCGAUGGGAGUCACUGUCCACCUUCAAUGGCUCUGGGAUUGCAGACAGGUGUCUUGAUAUGACGCUGGAGGUUUGGAGAAGACCCGCUGAGCAUCUCGCGACGGGAUCCGACACGUGGAUGGCCACACCAGAGCCGUGCUCAAAUGUCACGGUGAAAAGUGAGUUGCAUUGGCUCAGUGUGAUGAAAGAAUGGGGCUGGGAAGGUAUGUAG